CUACAAAUUAAUUCGGAUCUAUCCGGAUAGUGACGAUUCACUUCAUUACCUGAAUACGCUAUACGAAGGUUCUUCACCGUAUGAGCUCGAUUUUUGGCAGCCUCCAACUCAUAUAGGCGCAGUCGUUGAUGUGACUGUGGCGCCGUCAGAUGCUCCAAUUUUCGUGCGUGAUUUGGAAUCAAAACAACUCCAUUACGUGGUAGCUGUGAACGAUUUAGAAAGAGCGAUAGAAAACGAGAAGUCGCCACCUGCCUUCUACCAUCCAGAAGCCGGUGGCUACUCGUACGACAAGUACAACUCUCUUGAAGACAUUCAAGACGAAAUGAUCAGGCUGAGGAAAGAGAAACCAGAUAUGAUAUCAUUAAUCGACAUAGGAGAAACACAUGAAAAUCGAUCACUUUUAGUGAUUAA